AAAAAAAAAAAAAAAAAAAAAGAGAGAGAAAAAAAAGUUUCAAUUGGACAAGUCUGAUCACGACAAUCUCAACAUCUACAUUAAGUGUAGAGGAUAUCCCUGAAAAAGGGGCUGCCCAAGUAAGUAACUAACAAGCACUCCCCUGCCAUGCGGACCCUCUCCACUUCGUCCUCUCUUUUGGAAUUAUCUCAUCUUAUCCCUUUUUUCUCCUACAGUGGCAAUGCCAUUUUUCGAAAUUUAGUUUUUAGUAUUCCCAGGAAGUUUGUCACAUUAAGGACAACUUCAUCUCUUUCUCUGCCAUCCCAUAGUUAUCCUCGGGCCAUUUCCCAUUCAGCAAAUCAACUCUCCGAUGUCGAAGAAGAAGAAGAUGAAGACGAAGACGAAGACGGAGAUGAAGACGACGACGAUGAUGAAGCUGCGGAUGAGUAUGAGGAGUUCUCUGUUGAUUUGUUUGACGACAAUAAAUAUGAGGAUGAUGAGAUUGAUUCAACAGUAAUGGAAGCACCUCCUCGGUUCGAGGGACAAAAAUGGCAGAGAAUCGACAAACUUCGAUCCCAAGUAAGAGAGCUUGGGGAUGAACUUAUCGAUCUGGAUGAGCUUGCUUCCUUUUACGAUUUCCGCAUCGAUAAAUUUCAGAGGUUGGCUAUAGAAUCUUUCUUGAGAGGUUCAUCUGUGGUGGUUUCUGCACCAACGAGUAGUGGAAAGACUCUGAUAGCAGAAGCAGCAGCUGUAGCCACGGUAGUGAGAGGAAGGAGACUCUUCUAUACAACUCCUUUGAAGGCAUUAUCUAAUCAAAAGUAUAGAGAAUUUCGAGAGACAUUUGGUGAAAGCAAUGUUGGCCUUCUCACGGGAGACUCUGCAGUCAACAAAGAUGCUCAAAUUUUAAUCAUGACUACUGAGAUUCUGCGCAAUAUGUUAUAUCAGAGUAUUGGAAUGAUUUCUUCCGGGAGUGGAUUGUUCCAUGUCGAUGUGAUUGUUUUGGAUGAAGUACACUAUCUCAGUGACAUUUCUCGGGGUACAGUUUGGGAAGAGAUAGUGAUUUAUUGUCCAAAAGAAGUCCAACUUAUAUGUCUUUCAGCGACAGUUGCAAAUGCUGAUGAGCUGGCUGGUUGGAUUGGGCAGAUUCAUGGUACAACUGAGCUGGUAACAUCAAAGAAACGACCUGUUCCAUUGACUUGGCAUUUCUCUAUGAAAAGUUCUUUGUUACCACUACUUAAUGAGAAAGGAACGAGCAUGAACAGGAACCUACAGCUUUCUGCUUUGGAAGGUGAAUCUUAUAGGGAAGUUGGAUCUAGAAGAAGGAAUUCUAGAAGACAUGAAAAAGGGAGCUACAAAAGUGGGAGCAUGUCUGGGCAGUCAACAUCGUCAAAAGAUGACACAAAUACAAUCCGCCGUUCACAAGUUCCUCAGGUUAAAGACACAUUGUGGUACCUUAGGCAAAAGCAUAUGCUGCCUGCUAUUUGGUUUAUUUUUAGCAGGAAAGGAUGUGAUGCAUCUGUUCAGUAUCUUGAACAUUUCAAGCUUUUGGAUGACUGUGAGACAAGUGAAGUUGAACUAGCCUUGAAAAGGUUCCGUGUACAGUACCCUGAUGCUGUUCGAGAAUCUGCCAUAAAAGGCCUUCUGAAUGGGGUUGCAGCACACCACGCAGGCUGUCUACCUUUGUGGAAGUCAUUUAUUGAAGAGUUGUUUCAGCAAGGACUCAUUAAAAUUGUCUUUGCUACAGAAACUCUUGCUGCUGGCAUCAACAUGCCUGCCAGGACAGCUGUUAUUUCAUCUCUCAGUAAAAGGAGCGAUAGUGGACGUAUCCAUUUGAGACCAAAUGAGUUGCUUCAAAUGGCUGGUCGAGCUGGACGUAGAGGUAUUGAUGAAAGGGGUCACGUAGUUCUUGUUCAGACUCCUUAUGAAGGAGCAGAAGAAUGCUGCAAGAUUCUUUUUUCUGGAGUAGAGCCUCUUGUCUCUCAGUUCACUGCUUCAUAUGGCAUGGUGCUAAAUCUCCUUGCAGGCGCAAAAGUUACUCGCAGAUCAAAGGAGGCAGAAAUGAAAGUCUUAAAAGCGGGACGAACACUAGAAGAAGCUCGGAAGCUGGUUGAACAAAGUUUCGGAAACUAUGUUGGGAGUAAUGUUAUGCUUGCUGCCAAAGAGGAGAUUGCUGAAAUACAGAAAGAAAUUGAGGUGUUGACUUUGGAAGUUGGUGAUGAUGCUGUUGAUAGGAAGAGUCGGAAGCAGUUAUCUGAAAAAACAUACAGGGAGAUUUCUGAUCUGCAGGAGGAAUUACGGGAAGAGAAACGAUUGCGGACUGAACUGAGACGAAGGAUGGAAAUAAAGAGGAUUACUUCUUUGAAACCUCUAUUAAAGGAGAUGGAAAAUGGUGAUUUACCCUUUAUCUGCUUGCAGCAUAAUAAAGGAGGAGUUCAACACUUACUUCCUGCUGUUUAUUUGGGGAAGGCUGAUGCUCUUUCUGGUUCAAAAUACAAGAACAUGAUUUAUGCAGAUGGUUCUUUUGCUAUUGAUAUCAUGGAAAAAGAGUUCGAUUUUGGAGAUAUGGAAGCACAGUUUGAUGCCAAACCAUCUUAUUAUGUGGCUCUUGGUUCGGAUAACUCUUGGUAUUUGUUCACAGAGAAGUGGAUCAAAGUGGUUUAUGGAACUGGCUUUCCUAAUGUUCCUUUAGUUCAAGGUGGUGCUUUGCCCAGGGAAAUAAUGAGAGCACACCUUGAUAAGGAAGAAUUGCAGUGGAAGAAGCUUUCUGAUUCUGAAUUUGGAGAUCUGUGGUGCACGGAAGGAUCUCUUGAGACCUGGUCUUGGAGUUUAAAUGUGCCAGGCUUGAGUAGCCUCUCUGAUGAAAACGGGGUGCUGCAAAUGUCCCAAGCAUACCAGGAUGCUAUAGUGUGUUACAAGGAUCAAAGAAAUAAAGUUUCCCGUUUGAAGAAAAAAAUUGCUCGUACAGAAGGCUUCAAAGAGUAUAAGAAAAUCAUAGAUAUGACUAACUUCACUAAGGAAAAGAUUGAACGCUUGAAGGCUAGGUCUGUUCGGCUUGUUAGUCGAAUAGAGCAAAUUGAACCGUCUGGCUGGAAGGAGUUCCUCCAGGUUGCAGGUUGUUCAACUUUAACAGUGCAAUUUUUCCUUUUGGAGCAUUUGUAUGCAUCAAAUUACUGUGUCUGCACAUCUAUGAACAUGUGUUGGGUUGAGGAUCAAUGGUGAUAUGGUGAGUUUCUAUCAUAGUAAAACUUUAAACUUAUUCCUCGUUUAGAAAGAAAAUAUAAAACCUACCAUUUUCUCUUCCUAAGUUUUUGUCUUUUAUUGUACACAAGAAGAAUGUCAAUUAUAAAGUUAUUUCUUUUAAGUUCUCAUCUUUCUAGAAAGUGGAAGGUUGUCAUUAUCUAAAGUAUUUUGGUUUAGUCUCCACCAUAAUUGUGAAAGCAACUUAGCAACCCAAGGUGUUAAGAGGGGGAACUUGGGUGCCCUAGGCAUGCAGUAUAUGUCUGGGGAUGCAGUAUGUGACAUAUGUAAUAGAGCAAUAAUAAUUUUAUAUAAUUAUGGUUAUAUACAACAUAGAAGCCAUAUCAAUAUAAUAUGAUACAAUAUGCUAGUGGUGAUCCAAUAUGAGAAAAGCACAUGUGAUAUAAACGAAGCAUAGGAUAUAAUAUGAGCAUAUUCAAAAAAAAAAAAAAAAUGGAGUGUCAACAAGGUGAUGUCUUGAAAACUAUGCUCUCCACCAAUUUUUCAAAUUGGUAAUCCUUAUAAAUGUCUGUCAAUGUCAUCAUUGUUCAACCAAGCAGCUUGAGGUUCACUUGAAUUAGUUAUCAUUCCAAUGGAAAUUAAGUGUUUUCUUCUUUGAUUCUGAUUUUUUUUGUAGUAAUCUGAAACGACAAAAGGAUUUAAUAGGGGCACUGUUCACAUCAAACUGCAGCUUUCCAAGUUGCAAGUGUAAUUACCCCUGAACCAUAAUCCCAAAAAGUAUGGGUGUGCUUCAAAAUUUUGGUGAAAACAGGAGCACGUGGAAUGAAUAUUGGUCUUGUUCCCAUCUGGGAUUGAUUCACUUUUGGAUACCUUUCUUCUCCCUCAACAAUAAAUGCGGUGCCCCUGUAUCAUCGCUAUCAUCUCUUGCUCUAUAAGCCUCUAGCCCUACCCUCUCUCUCUCUGGGUAGGGGUAGAGCAAGAAAUGAUAGCGAUGCACACACACACACACACACACAUGCACGCACUCACACUCACACUCACACUCAUGCAAGCUCUCCAUUUCUCAUCCACCUACUCACAACCACGGAUACAUUGGACACAAUCCAGAGACUGCACAAUUGGAGCUUGUCAACUUUGGUUGUUCUGGUGCUUCUGCUCCAUUCACUCUCUGGUCUUAGCCAAAAAACUGAGUACCGAAUGAUUAGAUAUUUAAAAUGAGGUUUUCUCCUGAAUGUUUAUUUAUUGCAAGCCCUUGAUUUAGUAUUUGAGAUGCUUCUUCAGAUAUUCUGAUUUUCUGAAGGAUCUCCUUUUGGAUAUGUCAAUUUGGACAUUCGGAUAUCUUGAUACUUUAAAUCUGUUCGCCCAUGCCAUUUGUUUUGUACGUUUGUGGUCGGUCUACGAAAGGAGAUGAGCAUCUUUCACCACUAAGUUGUAACAAGACUCAUUUGCCACAUAUAAACCAUGAGGAAGCCAUGUGCUUUUCAUGCCUCAAAAUAAUUAUUGUGUUGUAGUAGCACUCAUGCUCUGCUAAUGCAAUUGGUUUCAUUCUCAGGGAUGAUUUUUUUUCUUUUUUGGGUGCAUUUGUUAAAUUAACCUCAACCCAACUUAGACUGUAUACAAGAGUAUCUGAGGUACAGGUUAAUAAACAGGCUUUUG